CGACGGGUCCCGUGUGUUACUGCCAUUACACCUGUGUGACCGCGGACCCGACGGAGUCCUGUUUCGCACCUAUGGGGACCGUUUUCCCGCACCGCUGUGAGGAAGCAGUAGAAUAACCCCGAGGACCGGACGGCGGGAUGGCGGGAGCUCUGCUGGGUGCCCUGCUCCUCCUGGAGCUCCUCGGUGGAGGUGACGGCAAGAACGAAGAGCUGCGUCUCUACCACCAUCUUUUCGACAACUAUGACCCAGAACGCCGGCCGGUGAAGGAGCCCGAAGACACUGUUACCAUCAGCCUCAAGGUCACCCUGACCAACCUGAUCUCACUAAACGAGAAAGAGGAGACCCUCACCACCAGCGUCUGGAUUGGAAUCGACUGGCAGGAUUAUAGACUCAACUUCAGUAAGGACGACUUCGGGGGCAUAGAAACCUUGCGGGUCCCUUCGGAGCUCGUGUGGCUGCCUGAGAUCGUGCUGGAAAACAACAUCGACGGCCAGUUCGGCGUGGCCUACGACGCCAACGUGCUGGUCUACGAGGGCGGCUACCUGAGCUGGCUGCCCCCGGCCAUCUACCGCAGCAGCUGCCCCGUGGAGGUCACCUACUUCCCCUUCGACUGGCAGAACUGCUCGCUUGUCUUCCGCUCGCAGACGUACAACGCCCGAGAGGUGGAGUUCGUCUUCGCCGUGGAUGAUGAGGGCCAGACCAUCAGCAACAUCGACAUCGACACCGAGGCCUACACUGAGAACGGCGAAUGGGCCAUCGAUUUCUGCCCCGGACUGAUCCAUCACCACGGGGGCUCCGCGGACGACCCGGGGGGCAUUGACGUCAUCUACACGCUCAUCAUCCGCCGGAAGCCACUCUUCUACACAAUCAACAUCAUCGUGCCCUGCGUGCUCAUCUCGGGCCUGGUGCUGCUCGCCUACUUCCUGCCGGCGCAGGCCGGCGGCCAGAAGUGCACCGUGUCCAUCAACGUCCUGCUGGCGCAGACCGUCUUCUUGUUCCUGAUCGCCCAGAAAACCCCCGAGACGUCGCUGAGCGUGCCGAUGCUGGGCAGGUACCUCAUCUUCGUCAUGGUGGUCGCCACGAUCAUCGUCAUGAAUUGCGUCAUCGUGCUCAACUUGUCACUGCGGACGCCCACCACGCACGCCGCGUCUCCGCGGCUGCGCCACGUCCUGCUGGAGCUGCUGCCUCGCCUCCUGGGCUCCGGCGCGCCACCCGAGCCCCCCCGGGCCGCCUCGCCGCCCCGGCGCGCGUCGUCGGUGGGCCUGCUGCUCCGCGCCGAGGAGCUGAUACUGAAGAAGCCGCGGAGUGAGCUCGUGUUUGAGGGGCAGAGGCACCGGCAUGGGCCCUGGACCGGUGAGCGGGGAGGACUCCGGGCGGGUCGGCGCGGGCGCCCGCGGCGGGGCGGGCUUCCCUGUGACCACCACCCCCCUCCCCGUCCGGCCGUCCCCACCAGCCGCCCUCUGCCAGAGCCUGGGCGCCGCCGCCCCCGAGGUCCGCUGCUGCGUGGACGCCGUGAACUUCGUGGCCGAGAGCACGCGAGACCAGGAGGCCUCCGGCGAGGAGGUGUCCGACUGGGUGCGCAUGGGGAAGGCCCUCGACAACAUCUGCUUCUGGGCCGCCCUGGUGCUCUUCGGCGUGGGGUCCAGCCUCAUCUUUCUGGGGGGCUACUUCAAUCAAGUGCCCGAGCUGCCCUACCCGCCGUGUAUGUAGACGGCUCUUCCACCGCCUCUGGAGGAAACCGGGCGUGAAAAAACCAAGUUGCGGUCGCUGCCGUAGUGGGAUUCUUUCCCAAUGCCGAUAAUAGACCCGGGCCUUUCCGUCUCAA